UGAGGAGGCAGCUUGCAGCCCAGCUCUCUAUAACCCUGUGUGACAGGAGCCGAGCGACGCCACAACAGACUUCCUGCAGCUCGGAGACUUUCCGUGGAAUACAAGCUCUCCCGGUGCGCGCCUAACAGAGAGCGCACACGCCGCUUCUUUAUCCAAAGUUUGCUUUGCGCGCGCGCGCUCCAGAAGAAUCCACGGGAGGAUUUUAAGAAAUACAUUUUUACUGUUAUUUAUCUAGAAGGCUGCCAUCACGAUGAGCGCCGGACAGACGUAUGAGAAGAAGAUUGCGAGCAUUUUGACCGAUCUUCCCGGAUCUAUGAGCUGCCACCCAAACUCCAAGGACUCUCCUACUCUGCCCGAGUCUUCGGUGACGGACAUGGGCUACUACAGCGGACAGACGGCCCACGGACAUCACGAAUAUUACCAGGCGCAAGCGUACGGACAGCCCAUGAACUCUUACCACCAUCAGUUUAAUCUGAACGGAAUGGGGCCCGCUGGACCUUACCCCACCAAAUCCGAAUACCCUUACACGAACAGCUACAGACAGUACGGACAUUACAACAGAGAUCAUCUGCAGACCUCGCCUCCCAGCUCAGUGAAAGAGGAGCCAGAGCCUGAAGUCCGCAUGGUGAACGGAAAGCCGAAAAAGAUCCGCAAACCGAGGACGAUCUACUCAAGUUACCAACUCGCUGCGCUCCAGAGGCGCUUCCAGAAGGCGCAGUACCUCGCCCUGCCAGAGAGAGCCGAGCUGGCGGCUCAGCUCGGCCUCACUCAGACUCAGGUCAAGAUUUGGUUCCAGAACCGGCGGUCCAAGUUCAAGAAGCUGUACAAGAACGGUGAGGUUCCCCUGGAUCACAGUCCCAACGCCAGCGACUCCAUGGCCUGUAACUCCCCGCCGUCCCCUACAGUCUGGGAGGGCAACACCCCUCAGAACACCCCGAUCACCAGACCUCAGAUCCCGCAGCCGACGCACAGCUCGUCGCCCUCGUACAUGGAGGAUUAUACUAACCACUGGUACCAGCAGGGAUCGCACCUACAGCACCCGGGUACCGUGCACCAUCCUAUCCCGCAGCAAAGCGUCGGAGCUGUUUAUUAACAGUGACUCCAGAACAUUUGUCUUUUAUUUUUCUCCAAACGAGGUCUCUCCACAAAAAGACUCAGGAGAGCAAAGGGGGACGUGAGUGGGAAGAAGUGAAACGUUUUCGAUGAACUGCAUCACAAAGCAGCGCACGAGGGAUUUCAGAUCAUUUGUGGCAACAUAUUUAAAGGACAUCUGGCGUGUUUUUUUUUUUUUAUUAUUGUUAUUAUUUAUCACUACAGUUGUAUUUCUUUAUCUUUUGUAAAUGAAUAUGCAAAGUUUUUAACCCAGCCAGAACCAGACUAAUGACAAAACUGUGCAGUUGAUUCGCGACACCUUCAAAUCACGUGGAUCAAUAACUCAGGUUAUAUUUAUACGAAUUUGUGCAAAACGUCGAAGGCUGUAAAUAUGUGUUUAUAUGCAGAACCACUAAUCAUAUUUGUUUGACACACUGCACUGUGGUGCUUUCUAAAUCCUUUUUAUAUUCAUGUAAUUAGUCCACUUGUUGCCUUCUGUCAACUGAAUAAAGGUGUUAAAUCCA